UGUGCGUGAAUAUACAAUACGUGCCUAGUCGAGUCGCCAAUGCGGUACCCGUGCAAACUUUAUCCUCCGGCUUCACGUCGUCAUGGGCAUUUAUGUUUUUUAACUUGUGAGCAGAAUUCCUACUUGUGAUCAUCAUGAUCAGUAAAGUGUUCCGUGCCAUCAUUCUGGGCCCUCCGGGGUCCGGUAAGGGAACCAUCUCGUCCAGGAUUGUGAGAGAUUUUAAGCUGAAGCACUUGUCAAGCGGUGACCUUCUCAGGGCUCAGGUGCGAAAUCAAACAGCUGCUGGUUUAAAGGCUAAAGACUUCAUGGAGCAAGGAGCUUUGGUGCCGGACCAGUUAAUGGUGGACCUUAUAUUGAGUGAACUGAAAGGACUCUCCUCAGCAGACUGGCUCCUUGAUGGCUUUCCGCGGACAGUCGAGCAGGCCAAGGCCUUAGCCGACAGCAUCGCACUGGACACGGUCAUCAACCUGGAUGUGCCGUUUGAUGUCAUCGUCAGUCGGCUGGAGGGACGAUGGGUGCACGCCCCCAGCGGCAGGGUUUAUAACUUGGAGUGGAACCCACCAAAGGAAGCGGGUAAAGACGAUCUUACCGGGGAGCCACUCACCCAGAGGGACGAUGACAGACCAGAGACGGUGUUGGCACGGCUGAGGGCAUACCAAGAGAUGACAACACCUGUGACCGACUUUUUCAGGGAAAUGAAUAAGUUGGAGGAGUUUACCGGAACGGAAUCCGACAAGAUCUGGCCGCAUGUUCACAAGUUUCUCUCGUCAAAGUUGCCGCCCAAAGGCUGAUCUUCUUUCAGGUUGUUUGCUUGUUCUUCCUCAAGAUGAUCAAGGUCCCAAAAGAAUAGGUAAUUCCAAUUUUCAGCUAUCAAAAAAUGUAUAUGUACAUACAAUUUGCGGCACUCUAUUAGAAAAGCCGGAAACUUUUAAAAAAAAUGAUGCAUCUGUACCAAAAAAGUGUUUAAUAUUAACCAAUUCGGGCAAUUUGCAGUGCCAUGCACGGACAACAGGUUGCCAUGGAGAGGCCAUUUUUGCAGUGCAUCGUGGGAAAUGAUUGAAAGAAUCCAUUUGCGAACCGUGUGUCAGGAAACUUGAAUUAUUCUUGUGGUCUUUUUGCCCUGGCAUUAGAUUCUUAAGUGUAUUUUGAAAAUCUGUUGUCCUAAUCCUUUCUUAUUUCCCUUUGAGCCUACCCCCCCCCGGCCCUUUUUGCUAGGGACCCUCCUUAGUCCACCAGAAUCCUCCAAUUUGGGGAAGGGUGAAAAAUCGGAUUCUUCCUCAAGCGUCCGAAAUCCUCCAAAUUUCUUGAUAAUGUACUUGGAGGUGUGCCUACUGCCUCUAUCCUUCAAAAUCCUCCGGCAA